AUGCCACCCCAUGGAGGGGUGUUUGUGGGUCUCUGGCUGCUGCUGGCCCCCAGUCUGGCUGAGUCCCCCUCCAGCACAGGGGGGGCCACCCUGGCCUUUGUCUUUGAUGUCACGGGCUCCAUGUACGAUGACCUGGUGCAGGUGAUGGACGGGGCAUCGCGCAUCCUGGAGCGGACACUCGGCAGGAGCACGAAGCCCAUCAGCAACUAUGCACUGGUCCCAUUCCAUGACCCAGCUGCUGUGAUGGGGAUGGCAGUGAGGGAUGAGCUGCAGCUGGAGGGCACAGUGCUGUGCUCACACCCCCAAGCCACCCUGCAGGCACAGGGCAAGUGCUUCUCACUGGAUCAAUCCCAGUGGUGCUGGCACCUGCUUGGUGGAGGGGACUGCCCGGAGAUGAGCGUGGGAGCCAUCAGGCUGGCUGUGGAGGUCUCACACCCUGGCUCCUUCAUCUAUGUCUUCUCGGAUGCUCGGGCCAAGGACUACGAGGGGCAGGAGGAGCUGCUGCAGCUGCUGCAGCACAAGCAGACCCAGGUGGUGUUUGUGCUGACCGGGGACUGCGGGGACAGGAGCCACCCCGGGUACCGCGUGUACGAGCGCAUCGCUGCCACCAGCUCCGGGCAGAUCUUCCACCUGGACAAGCAGCAGGUGGCAGAGGUGCUGAAGUGGGUGGAAGAGGCCAUCCAGGCCUCCAAGGUCCACCUGCUGUCCACAGACCACGAGCAUGGUGGGGAGCACACAUGGCGUGUCCCCUUUGACUCCAGCCUGAAGGAGGUCACCAUCUCCCUGAGUGGUCCUGCACCAGGGAUCAAGGUCCAGGAUCCAGCAGGUAGGGUCCUGGAGAAAGGCCAAGGUCUGAAGGAACUGCUCAGCAUCCCCAACUCAGCCACAGUGGUGGCUGUGGAGCCCCAGGAGCCAGGGAUGUGGUUGGUCACGACCCAGAGCAGUGGCCGCCACUCACUGAGGGUCACAGGAAUCAGCAACAUUAAUUUCCAAGCCACUUUCUCCACCCAGCCAGACUUUGAUGCCACCCGGCCAGGGGAGCAGCCAGUGCAGGGUCUGCCUAUCUCAGUGGUGGUGAACUGCACUGGCCUGAAGCCUCCUGGGCACUUGCAGGAGAUAGAGCUCUUCAACACCUCUGGCCACAUUCUCCUCUCACUGCCUGUGUGGCCCCUCUCCAACACCUCCUCGGAGCAGCUCUGGGUGGGCUCACCACUCCAUGUCCCCCCAGGAGACUUUCUGCUGAGGGUGAAGGGCAAAGACGCUCAGGGCCACCCCCUGCACCGCCUCUCUGGGGUCACCUACACCAGCGUGGUCCCCAGUCCACCCAAAGUGAACAUCUCCAGCAAGAUCCAGGCUUACAACCACGAGCCAAAGCUGAUCUCCUGCUCUGCAAGGAGUGAGGUCCCUUUUCUCCUGCAGCUCAGCCGUGGUAGGACGAGCCUUGGGGAAGAGCAGCUCUUCAGGACUUCAGGGAACAUCAGCUGGCUGAUCCCAGCGGUGGCCAAGAGUGAUGAAGGGUUUUACGAGUGCACAGCCACGAGCAAGGUUGGGGUGACACGGGCUCACACCUACCUCUCUGUCUCAGAGCCACCCCCACGUCUCAUAGCCCCGGCCAACAUCACUGCCUCACCGGGCCAGGACGUGGUCAUGUCCUGCCGGGUUCUGAGCCACGUGCCCUACAACCUGACGUGGAGCUGGGAUGGGAAGGCAGCAGUGCCAGGGGACAGCCGGACCAGGCUGCUGCAGAACGGCUCCCUGGAGAUCAGCCAGGUGCAGCCAGGGGACAGGGGGCUGUACGAGUGCAUGGCCCGCAGCGCCCACGGCGCUGCCACCGCAGCCCUGUGGCUCCUCAUCCAGGAGGUGCCGUGGGUGAAGGUGGACGCCAGUCCCCAGCGUUUCAGCAGGGGCCAGGAGCUGCGGCUGAACUGCACGGCUGGGGGGCACCCCCUGCCCCGCACCGCCUGGGAGCGCUGGGGCUGGGCACUGGAGCAGGAUGACAGGGUUUUCACGGAUGCUGGGGGUACCCUGCACAUCAGGGCUGCCAUCCCGGAGGAUGCAGGGAAUUACAGCUGCUCCGCCAGGAACGCACUGGGCUGGGAUGAACGGGUGGUCACCCUGGAGUUCACGGAACCUCCAGCCAUCCUGGCAAUGACACCCAGCCUGAAGGUUCUGGUGGGAGAAGACGUGACCCUGGAGUGCUGGGUUUCGGGGGUGCCCCCACCCCACAUUGCCUGGUACAAAGCUGCCCCCCACUUCCCUGAGCCCCUGGGGGACGUGGCAGUCGAGGUUGGGCAGCACAUCAGCCUGAUGUGCCACGUCGAGGGCUCUCCCCAGCCACGGAUCUCCUGGUCUCGGAAGGAUGGGAAGCCCAUGACAGGCUGGAAUGGUUCACGUGGUGUUUCCAUCCAUCCAGAGGCUGCCAAGCUCCUCAUUGACAGUGCCUCUCUGGAUGACCAAGCUGUCUACAUCUGUGAAGCCAAGAAUGACUUUGGGAAAAUCCAAGCGGAGGUCAAGCUCACAGUGACCGGACAGGCAGCCCCAGAAAUAGCUCUUGCAUCCCCUGUGGUCACUGUGCUCCUAAGCCAGCCUGUGUCUCUGCCCUGUGUGAUCCUGGCUGGGAAGCCCUUCCCAACCCGCCGCUGGCUGAAGGACGGGCAGCUGGUAGCCCCAAGUGGCCGCUACUCCAUCCAGGCUGAUGGGAGCCUGCACGUGGAGCAGGCAUUGCAGGAGGACACAGGGAGGUACACGUGUGAGGUGACCAAUGCCCUUGGCUCACACAGGCAGGAUGUGUCCCUGAUCAUACUGGUUCCUCCCAGCAUUGAGCUUGGUCCUGUCCUUGUCACUGCCACUGAGGGCACAGCUGUCACCCUGCCGUGCAAUGCCACUGGUGUGCCCCCUCCAGCUGUCACCUGGACAAAGGGCACAGAGCCCAUUUCCCUAAGCCAACGCUACCACCUUGACCCCGAUGGGACCCUCCUGAUCCCUUCAUCCUCCCCUGAGGAUGCUGGGAACUACUUCUGCACAGCUACCAACACAGCAGGCUUCUCCAGCCAGGAGGUGCAGCUCUCCAUCAGCACAAAGCCCAGGAUCAGUGUGAACGGAUCACAGGGGUUGGACCCCAUCACUGUCCUGGCUGUGCUUGGGCAGGAGACCACUCUGCCCUGUGAGGUUCAGGGCUAUCCCCCUCCCUUGCUAGUGUGGACCCGGGAGUCCCAGCUGCUGUCUCUUGCCACCACCAGCUACAGCAUCCUCCCCUCGGGGUCCCUCCUGCUGGCUGAGCCCCAGGUGACAGACACUGGCCUCUAUACUUGCACGGCCACCAACACAGCAGGGAACACCUCUCUCAGCUAUAACCUCCAGGUCCAAGUUCCCCCCCAGCUGCUGAUUGGUGAUGGAGAAACACACCUGACUGCUGUCACCAACGACUCCCUGAGGAUUCACUGUCGUGCCACGGGCAGCCCCACACCCCAGAUCCAGUGGCUGAAGGAUGGGCAGCCCCUGGGCAAGAGGGAUGGUGUGAUGGUGUCUGAGGAUGGUGGGACUCUGCUGAUCACCCGCGUGGGGCUUGGGCAUGAAGGGCUCUACAUCUGCCAGGGCAGCAACUGGGCGGGGGUGGCCCAGGCCAAGGUGCAGGUUUCGGUGCAAGUGCCUCCCAACAUCGAGCCCAGUGUGGUGGACCUGGUCAUCCUGGAGAAUAGCACAGUGUCCCUGGAGUGCCUGGCCUCGGGGCUGCCUGCUCCUGACAUUGCUUGGUACAAGGGGCACAAGCAGCUCUCAGCUGGACCAGGCUGGACCCUGUCCAGGGAUGGGAAGCACCUGGAGAUGGAGCAUGUCCAGCUCUCUGAUGCUGGCAGCUAUCGCUGUGUGGCCUCCAACGUGGCUGGUGUCACUGAGCUCUGGUACAGCCUGAAGGUGACUGUGCCCCCACGGAUCACCAGCAGCCCCAGCUCCCUCACGGUGGUGGUGAAUGAUCCAGUGACCCUGGAGUGUGAUGCCACGGGAAGCCCUGCUCCGGUGCUGCUGUGGCUGAAGGACGGCAACCCAGUGCCCAGGAGGGUGACAGGUGGCCCACAGGUCCUCUCGGGUGGGCACACUCUGUCCCUGCCCACCGCUCACCUCCAGGACUCGGGGACGUACACGUGUGUAGCCAGCAGUGCUGUGGGGGAGGAUAGACGUGAGGCCACCCUGGAGGUGUGGUUGCCUCACACUGCCCUGGGUGAGGAGGAGCACAUCUCUGUCCUCGUCAACCAGCCGGUGACCCUGGAGUGCCUGGUCCCUGGGGUUCCCCCUGGGGGGUCCCGCUGGCUGAAGGAUGGGACCCUGCUCCUAGCAAAGCGAGUGCCACCCUCCUUCUCCUCAGCUGAGCCCACCACCCUGGCCGUGCUGGAGGGACAGUCCAUCAGGCUGACCUGCGAGUGCCAUGGCAUCCCCUUCCCCACCCUGAGCUGGCAGAAGGAUGGUGAGCCCCUCUCUGCCCAGCCUGGGAGCCCCAAGUUGGUGUCCACAGGAGGGACUGUGCUGUACAUCGAGAAGGUGUGGCUGAUGGACAGUGGGACAUACACGUCUCUGCCGAGGGCCCAGGGCAGCAGAAAAGCCCUGAGGAAAGUUUCUGUCAUCAAGGCUGGAGAGAUGGUUUUGGAGUGUGGGGCCAUGGCCAUGGGGACACCACCACCCACGGUGACGUGGAUCAAGGAUGGGCAGCCCGUGGCUGGCAGGGAUGGGUUCCUGCUUCUGGAGCAGGGGAGGAGAUUGUGCAUCCCCAAGGCAGAGGUGGCCCAUGCAGGACACUACACUUGCCUGGUGGCAACCACGACAGGGCAGGAGCAGAGGGAGUUUGAAGUCACAGUGCAUGUUCCUCCUGAGUUUAUUCAAGGAUCGGGAUCAACAACCAACAUCAGUGUGUCUCUGCAUGGAACCCUGACACUGACCUGUGAGGCCACUGGUGUUCCCCUGCCCACGGUCACCUGGUUCUGGGAUGGCUCUCCUGUCACCCCCAGUGAGCACACCCACGUGCUUUCAGGGGGCUGGGUGCUGAGGCUCAGCCGUGCACGAGCUCAGGAUGAAGGCCACUAUUCCUGCCUGGCCAGCAACAUAGCUGGGGAAGCCAGGAGACAUUUCUACGUGGAGGUCCUAGUUCCUCCCCACAUUGAGAAUGCAGAUGAAGAUGAGACCACCGAAGUGUCUGAGGGCCACCCUGUCACCUGGUCCUGCCUGGCUGUGGGCAACCCUCAGCCUAAGAUCACCUGGCUGAAGGAUGGCCACCCUCUGCCCAGUGGAGACACCUUCUCCAUCUCCCCUAAUGGCUCCGUGCUCCACAUCCCCCAAGUCUCCCUGUCUGAUGCUGGCCACUACUCCUGCAUGGCCUCCAGCUCUGUGGGGCACCAAACCAAGCACUACCUGCUGGAUAUUUCAGCCAGUCCCAUGUUUGCUAGAGAUGACCACUAUGCUGCUGCAGAAGAGGUCACAGUGAUCAUCAACAACCCCAUCUCCCUGGUCUGUGAGGCUCUGGAAUACCCAUCUCCCAACAUCACCUGGCUCAAGGAUGAGGUUCCCCUCAAAGCAUCUCAAAACAUCCAGCUGCUCCCUGGUGGCCACGGGCUGCAGAUCCUGAAUGCCCAAGAAGAGGACUCUGGCAGGUACAGCUGCAUCGUGGCCAGUGAAGCUGGGGAGGCUCUGAAGAACUAUGCUGUCAAGGUCUUGGUUCCUCCUUGGAUUACCAGAGAUGACCCUUUGGGGGAAUUUGCCAUGAAAGAGGUAAAAGCCAGUGUCAACAGCACAGUGACACUGGAGUGCGAGACCUGGGCUGUGCCUGAGCCAACCAUCCAGUGGUACAAGGACAAGCAGAUCCUCAGUGAGGGGCAGGUCCUUCAGAUCAAACCAGCUGGUGUCUCAGAUUCAGGGCACUAUACCUGUGUGGCCACCAACACUGUGGGAGAAGACAACAGGGACUUCAUUGUGGAUGUCCAAGUGCCACCCCUCUUCCAGCAGCAGACAAGCCCCAAAGAAGCCCUUGACAUCUUCUACCGGGAAGAAGACCAGGAUGGGGAGGUGACAGAGCACAGGCAGGCUGUCCUGGGCCAGCCCACUGCACUCUACUGUGACACCAGCGCCAUCCCACCUCCCCAGCUCACCUGGUACAAGGAUGGGAAGCCCCUCUCCCCUGGCCCAGGGGUGCUGAUACUGCUGGGGGGCCGGGUGCUGCGGAUGCCGGCGGUGCGGGAGCAGGACGGGGGCAGGUACACCUGCCAGGCCACCAGUGCUGCCGGCUGGGACCGCCUGCACUACCAGCUGGAGGGGCUGACCCCACCAGCCAUCCAUGAUGGCGUGGAGGACUUGGCUGAGGAGGUGACAGCCACCGUCAACAGCACCAUCCACUUCAAAUGUGAAGCCUCUGGGCACCCUUUGCCCACGGUGACCUGGCUCUGGAAUGGUGUCCCCAUUAUGGCUGGCCCACGGCACCAGCUUCUGGAGGGUGGCAUGGUCCUUCAGGUGGCUGCAGUGGAUGUGGGUGACACUGGCAGCUACACGUGUGUGGCAGAGAACCCAGCUGGGUCAGCAGAGAAGCACUUUGCCCUCGCCGUGCAGGGGUCCCCAGGCACCGAGGACCUGCAGCAGGAGGUGCUGCAAGCUGACGUGGGGAGCCCCCUCCUCCUGACCUGCCGUGUCCCUGCUGUGCCCUCACCUGCUGUCACCUGGCUGAAGGACGGGAGCCUGCUGGAGAGCAACCCGGAGCAGGGCCUGGUGGUCGGGGGGGCCCAGCUCCAGCUCAGCCCCCUGCAGCCCUUCCACCAGGGCCAGUACACCUGCCUGGUGAGGGGUCCAGGCAACGAGACACGCAAGGACUUCAUGGUGCUGGUGCGAGUGGCACCCCGGAUUGCCAGCGCAGGGUUCCCCAGUGAGCACAGUGUGCUGGAGGGCAGAGGGGUGAUGCUGGAGUGCCAGGCAGAGGGGCAGCCCACCCCCCAGAUCUCCUGGCUGAAGGAUGGGCAGCCUCUGGGGCUGGAGCCCCCUUCAGCAGCCCGGAUGUCCCCAGAUGGCAGCUCCCUGCUCCUGGAGGGUCUCCGAGCCGCUGACUCGGGGACAUACACCUGCCUGGCCCAGAACAGCGCGGGCGAGGACGCACGGCUGCACAGGCUGAGUGUGCUGGUCCCCCCGGUCAUCGAGAGAGGUGACGAUGACUCGGAGGUGGUCCGUGGUGUCCUGUCUGCGGUGGUGACGCUGGAGUGCCGGGCACGGGGAUCCCCCCCACUGCAUGUGAGCUGGAGGAAGGAUGGGCUGCCCCUCAGCCUGUCCCCACGGGUCACCCUGCUCUCAGCUGGGCACCUCCUCCGGAUCUCCCAGGCACAGGUCUCUGACACUGGGCUCUACACCUGCAUCGUCUCCAGCCAGGCAGGGGUGGCCAAUCACAGCUUCAUCCUGCAGAUCCAGGUGCCCCCUGUCCUGGACAGCCCAGACAGCAGUGAGGAGCAGAUGGUGACUGAGGGCUCAGAUGUCACCUUCACCUGCAAAGCCACUGGGUCCCCAGCACCAGCGGUGACCUGGUUGAAGGACGGUGAGCCCUUGGCAUGGCAGAGCAACCAGGUGGCAGGUGGCCCAGAGCUGAGCCUGGUGGCUGUGGGGGUGGCUGAUGCAGGGGUGUACUCCUGCCUGGUGGCCAACGCAGUGGGGGAGGCCAGCAAAGCCUUCCACCUCCUGGUGACAGAGCCACCCCAAGUUGAGGCUGCACCCCAUCCCACCGAGAUGGCCAUUGCUGUGGGCACCCCACUAGAGCUGACGUGUGUGGUGACUGGUGUCCCCAUGCCCACUGUCACCUGGGAGAAGGAUGGGCAGCUGCUGGCAGGGCCCUGGCUCAUGUCAGGGAAUGAGAGCACCCUCCACAUCGAGAGCACAAAGGUGGCAGACUCUGGCUUGUACACCUGCCUGGCUGCUAGUCCUGCUGGGGAGGACAGCAGGAGCUUCCAUGUCAGCAUCCAAGCACCUCUCAGCACUGCAAGCGUCGGAGAGACCCACAGCAUCACCGCUGUGUUGGGGGGGCACCUCAUCCUGGAGUGCCCUGAAGAUUCUGUGUCACCCCCCCACAUUGAGUGGCACUGGGAGGGCUCCCCACUGCAGGAGGAUGCCCACAGGCAGGUCCUGGCCGAGGGACGUGUCCUGCAGAUCCAGGCCCUGGGGGCAGCAGAUGGUGGAGAGUACAGCUGCAGGGCCACCAACGCCCUGGGAGACACCAGCCUGCGCCUCCGGGUGGAGGUUCUUGUGGCUCCAGAGAUCCAGCCAGGCCCUGAGGAGGUGAGGGCACUGCUGAGGGGCUCAGCGGUGCUGCCGUGUCGGGCAGAGGGGUGGCCUGUGCCCCAGCUGACCUGGAGGAAGGACGGGCAGCUCCUGCCUCUCCAUGGGAGCAGGAGGUAUGAGCUCCUGCCAGAUGGCUCCCUGCAGAUCCACCCCGUUCAGGUCCAGGAUUCAGGCUAUUACCUCUGCAUGGCAUCCAGCCCUGCUGGCACCGACCGGCAAGGCCUGGACCUCCAUGUCCUGGUCCCUCCUGCCAUUCCCCCUGGGUCCUCCAACCUCACCCUGCUGGCUCAGCGUCCAGCCCUGCUGGGCUGCAAUGCCCAGGGAUCCCCCAAGCCCCAGGUCAGGUGGGAGAAGGAUGGCCACCCCCUGAACCCCCACCUCCCACCUGGCGCCUACAGUUUGCAGUCCUUGGGGUCUCUGCUCAUCACCAGCCCUGGUCCCCAGGAUGAGGGGCAGUUUGAGUGCAUUGCCACAAACGCUGCCGGGGAGGCACGCAAGGUCUUUCUGGUGUCUGUUCAUGUGCCCCCUACCAUUGCCGACGACCUUACAGACGUGGUUGUCACCCGGCUGUCCCCUGCCUUCCUCACCUGCUACGCCUCUGGCGACCCCCCACCCAAAGUGUCGUGGAGCAAGGACGGGGCUCAGCUGGGCAGUCGAGGAGGGGGCUACCGUGUCCUGCCCACAGGGGCUCUGGAGAUCAGGCAGGUGCUGCCUGCAGACGCGGGCCGCUACACCUGCACGGCGCGGAGCAGCGCUGGCACCGCCCGCAAGCACCUCUGGCUCACCGUGCACGAGCCCCCUACCCUGAAGCCCCUGCCCAGCAUGGUGAUGGUGAUGGUCAACAGCAGCGUGGUGCUGUCCUGUGAGGCCAGCGGGGCCCCCCGGCCGGAGCUCUCCUGGCAGAAGGACGGUGUUGGCAUCGCUGGAGGGCCCAGGCUGAAGGUGCUCCCCAACGGGCAGCUGCAUCUCCCCCGAGCCUCCCCGGGGGACGCGGGCACUUACCUGUGUGUGGCUCGUAACCCCGCGGGCACUGCAGUGGGGAGGACCAGGCUGAUUGUGCAAGGUGAGGUGCUGCUGCCCUGCUCUGCUUAUGGAGUCCCUGAGCCUCCUGUGUCCUGGAGCUGGGAGGGAGCCCCAGUGUGGGGUGGUGGGGGAAAAGCCACCAUCCUGCCCUCUGGGGAGCUGCUGCUUCGGGAUGUCCAGGAAGGGGAUGCCGGGAGCUAUUCCUGCACCGCGGUGAACUCAGCCGGCAGGGCUGUCCGCCAGCUCUCCCUGUCUGUCCACACCCAUCCCACCUUCACCCACCUGCCUGGAGAUGUCACCCUGGGCUGGGGCGAGAGCCUGGAGCUGGUGUGUGCUGCCACGGGCAGCCCCCAGCCCCACAUCUCCUGGACAGCCAACGGGCAGUUUGUCACCGAGGGUGUGUCAGAGCAGAGUGGCUGGAGCACCCUGCGGAGGGAGGCAGCCACCCGCGCUGACACCGGGACCUACGUCUGCCGUGCCCAGAACAGCGUCGGUGCCGUCAGGGCCACCGCCUUUGUCUCCAUCAGAGAGGCACCCAGCAUACGGGGGGAUGCCAGCACCUACCAGGUGGAGCCCCCCGGGGGUGAUGCCCUCCUGGAAUGCCAUGCCCGGGGCCACCCUGUGCCCCUCAUCCGCUGGAGCAAGGAUGGGGUGCCCUUGGUGGCAGGUGGGCACCUGCGCCAGCUGCAGAACGGCUCCCUGGCCAUCCGUGCAGUUGGGAGCGCUGAUGCAGGGCACUACCGGUGCGUGGCAGAGAACGAUGCAGGCACGGCAGCAAAGGUGGUCACCCUGGCUCUGCAGAGUGCCCCCACGGUGAUGGUGACACCACAAGUGGUGGUGGUGCACACCGGGCAGCGGGUGCUGCUGCACUGCACCGUGUCAGGGGACCCUACCCCCUCUGUGGAGUGGCAACGAGACAGAGAGCCUCUGCCUGAGGGUCCCCACACCCGUGUCCUACCCAAUGCCACUUUGGUCCUGCCUGCUGUCACCCACAGUGAUGCUGGCAACUACUCCUGCCUUGCUCGCAAUGCCCUGGGGGCUGCUGUCGCCCACGUCUCCCUGGCUGUCCAAGGGGAGCCACGGCGGGUGCGGGGCAGCGUGGUGGGUGCCAUCAAUGCCCACGAGCUCAGUGCCAGCACCCUUGAUGCCACUGUGCUGGAUGACCCACACUCUGGCACUGCUGUCAUCCAGAGCAGCAUCAGAGGCGUCCCACCUGCCCUAGGGCCCCUGAUGCGGGUACUGGUGGCCAUCGUUGCCCCUGUUUACUGGUCCUUGGCACAUGCCGGUGGGGAUGCCCCGAACGGGGUCCUGCUCACCCAGGGCACAUUCCAACACGAGUCACAGCUGGAAUUUCCCACAGGGGAGCUGCUGCGGGUCACCCACCUGGCCCCGGCGGACUUCAGCGAGCGCUACGUGUGGGUGGGUGCGGGGCAGCUGUCGGGGGGCUCCGUGCAGACCUUCCUGCGGGACGGGCGCCCCAUCCGCGCCCGCUGCAAUCACACCAUCGUGUCCCACCCCCCCACGGGCCUGCAGCCCCCCCGGGUGCAGCAUGUCCGGGCCAGCGCCAUCAAAGCCUCCUAUGAUCCAGCCUCUGAGGAGCUCUCCUUCCAGCUCCGUGCUUCGCUUGAUGCAGGAGCCAGUGGAGACCAGUGCCCACCAGGAUUCAUGCUGGGCCCUCAACAGCUGUACUGCACUGAUGUCGAUGAAUGCACCGAGGGGUCUCACACCUGUCGCUACAACCAGCUCUGCCAGAACACCCUGGGGAGGUACCACUGCACCUGCCCUCCCGGCUACCACUCGCUGGGUGCUGGCUGGCCAUGCCUGGACAUAAACGAGUGCCUGCGGUUUCCUCCACCCUGUGCCUUUGAGUGCCGCAACCUGAGAGGCUCCUAUGAGUGUCUGUGCCCCCCUGGAAGGACCCUGCUGCCAGGUGGUCAGUGCAGCAGAGCAGGGGUGAACAGAGAGAUCACAAUGGGCAGCACAUCCCAGGACCCCUCCGUGCUUUGGCUGAGGCCGAGGAGCCGUGCACAGGGACGUUCCUUCUACACCCAGCUUGCUCUCCACCACGUGGCCAAGGCUGCAGGGGUGGGUACCCGGGACCCCCCCUGCCCCACAGGCUUCAUCAGGAGGAACAGUACCUGCACUGACCUUGAUGAGUGCCAGAUGCUGAACAAGUGCCAGCACGAGUGCAGGAACAGCCCAGGCAGCUACUACUGCAUCUGCCCCCCUGGCUACCGGCUGCUGCUCGAUGGGAAGCCCUGCCAUGACAUAGACGAGUGUGCAGAGGGCACGAUCCAGUGUGGCUCGAGCCAGAUGUGCUUCAACACCCGUGGAGAUGCCCAAUGCAUGGAUGCACCGUGCCCGGCCGGGUACCGGAGAGGCUCCAGCCCUGGCCCCUUCGCCCUCCGCACCGAGCGGGGUCGAGGCAUCAUCUCCACCCUGCGGCCGCUGCGGGACCCCGGCACCCACCGCCUCAAGGUGCGGGCGCUGGCCCCGGGCGGGAGGCGAGCACCCAGCAUCUUCCUCCUCAUCAUCUCCGUCUCACCUUACCCCUACUGA